AUUCGGAGCAUUUCGAACUGGUUCAUCACCGAGUAUUGACUCAAGCUGCAGUUAUGUUUAAGGAGGCCUUGUCUUGUUUUCUGUAUUUAAGUGGUUUGUUGCAGCAGGCCAUUGAUCCCUGCAUAUAUCCAGAGCUGCUGCCUGUGAAAACUGUGGACCGUCAGCAGUAUCUUGGAAAAUGGUACUUUAAAGCAGCAGUCAGCCACACCGAGGCCGACAUCCAGCAGUUCAGAGCGUUGGACAACUCUUGGUUCACCAUGGAGGAAACGGCCAAUGAUACGCUGCAGCUGACUGGACACAUGCGCAUAGGAGAUGCCUGCAUUAAACAGACAUGGACCUAUCAUCUGCAGCCUGAGAGGGAUGACCUGGAGCUGGAAGGAAGGCCGCAGCGUAGGAACCUGCUCUGGAGUGGCAAGUGGGCCAACUGUCCGGACUGCAUCGUUUUCCAGGAAGUAGAACCUCCUUUAAACGAGACCGGCACAGUGGACUCCCUGCACAGACACAUGCUGUAUGCUCGCCACAGUGACGUCAAAGAUGAGUUGGUGACAGCAUUUCUGAAAAAUGCAGUAUGUCAUAACAUGCAGGCGAGCGUCAGACCACCUCAAGAGAAAGAGUUCUGUGCCUAGCCAUUAACAAAGAGGAUGCUGCUGGAGCCUCGAUGACAAUAAGAUCAUUUCAUACUUUCUCUGUGUAAGAGUAAAACAAAUAAAAGCAAAAAUACUAA